AGAGAAAAAGCGAGUAGAAGAAGAGGAGAAAAAAAAGCAGAAAGAAAGAAAGUGUCGAUAGUAAAGAGCACCCUUCCCAAUUCCUGAGACCAUGCAGUGAGGUGUCUAAAAGCCUCCAGGCUGGGGAUGUCCAUGUGAGAAGAGGAUCUUAGAUGGGAAAAAAAAAAAGGCAAACGCUUAGGUUAGAGAAGAGUUUAACACAGAGCAUGGCCUCAACCAAAGAUGACAGCACGGAUAGAAGACUGGCACACGGGAAGCAGCAGGAUUGUGCCCCAGAGGAUGUCUGCGUGAAGUUGGAGGACGGCGAAGGGAGAAUUUCAGUCUUCAAAGAGGAGGAGUGCAAGGAGGGGCUUGUUGAAGUUAAAGUUGAGAAUUGGGAAGAUUUCGCGGUUUGUCAUGAAACGCAAAACCUUGAAAAUAUCUCUGUCUUCAAACAAGAGGUUUUGGAAGAAACGCAUUCCAGUUUACAACCCCGGUUCACUAACACGGGACAACUGGCUACUCCGCAGAAUUCUGUGGGAAUGAAAACUGAGUUUUUGGAAUUUGAGGAGAAAAUCACUGAAGGAAACGGCAGAGAAUCUGAAGAGCAGCCGUCAUCUAGGAGUGUUGGAAUAAAUUUUCAGAACUGCAGCUUCUCUACGUCUUCAUUUGCUCAGCCCUUUCUUCAGUGCAGUCUGCAACACAAACAGAAGAAGAAGAAGACAAAGAAAUCAAUAAGAGGAUCAGAGAAAUUGACCCAUGUCUCUUUCCAGGGCAGUUCACUACCUUCCGACAAACUGACACAGACAGAAUUGAUCAAAACUGACCAACAACAAGGAUAUAAUACAGAUCAAGAGGCUUUGUGUGCCAGUGGACAGUGUGAAAGAACUUUAAAAAACAAAUUUGACUGCAAAGACAAGUCGGUUUAUAUAAUUCCGAAGCCAUAUGCCUGCUCUGAAUGUGGAAAACUGUUUCCACGCAGAAACAGUCUUCAAGCACAUAAAAGAAUUCACACUGGAGAAAAGCCCCACCGCUGUCCAGAGUGUGGCAAGCAAUUCCCCCGUAACCGUGAUCUUCAGCGACACGCACGUGUUCAUACUGGAGAGAAGCCAUACAGUUGUGCCGAAUGUGGGAAAAGAUUUUCACAAAACAGCAACCUUCAUAAUCAUUCAAAAAUUCACACCGGAGACAAACCUUAUUGCUGUUCUGAAUGUGGUAAAGGAUUCUCAAUUUUAAGUCAUUUACGUAGCCACUUGAGAAUUCACAGUGGAGAGAAGUCUUACUGCUGUAGUGACUGUGGCAAGUGGUUCAUGCAAGGCAGCAGCCUGCGGAGACACAUCAGGAUUCACACUGGGGAGAAACCUUACUGUUGUUCAGAAUGUGGCAAACAAUUUGCGGAAAGUAGUGCACUUCAGAGACACAGACGAAUUCACACUGGAGAAAAGCCCUAUGUCUGUUCUGAAUGUGGUAAAGGAUUCACAGACAGCAGCAAUCUUCGGCAGCAUGCCCAAAUUCACCCUGGAGAGAAGCCAUAUUGUUGUCCUGAAUGUGGUAAACGUUUCACUAAUAUUAGCGCUCUUCAGAGCCACACAAGGUUUCAUACAGGAGAAAAGACAAAUUGCUGUUCAGAAUGUGGCAAACAAUUUACUAAACGCGGCAAUCUCCAAAGACAUAUGCGUGUACAUACUGGAGAAAGACCGUGUUCUUGCUCUGAAUGUGGCAAGCAAUUUUUUGACAGCAGCACUCUUCGACAGCAUAUGAGAAUACAUACAGGAGAGAAACCCUAUUGCUGUUCUGAAUGUGGCAAACGAUUCUCAUGCAGGAGCUCUCUUCGGAAACAUAGACGACUUCAUAAGAGACGAAGCAGACAUUUGAGAGGAGAGAAGCGUUUUACACGGAGCAUGGCCACACCCAAAGAGGACGACAUGAACGAAAGACUCGAGCAUAUUAAGCAAGAGGACUGUGAGUGGAGUGUCCCCAGCAAUUUUUGUGUGAAGCAGGAGGAUGACGAACAACCGAUUUCGGCUUUUAAAGAGGAGGAGCCCCAUGGUGGGGAAACUGCGGACAUUAAAACGGAGGCUUGUACAGACUUCUCCGUUAGUCUUGAACAGCAAAAGCAGGAAGUUGGGAAUAUUGUCAAGCAAGAUACUUCGGAGGAAUCUCAUUCCAGUGUACAGCCCGGGGUCACUAAUCCGGGACAACUGGCUACAAAUCAGAAUUUUGCGGAAGUGAAAUUGGAGGCAACUGAAGAGAAAAUCAAUGAAGGAAAUGGUGUAAAAGAAGAAGAAGAGCAGAAGCCACUAAAUUUACAGGAGAAAGGCGGCUUUUCCGAAUCUUCGAUUGAUCAAACAUCCCUUCAGUGCAGACAGCAACACAAACUGGACAAAGAGAAGAUGAAGAAGUCAACAAGAGGAUCUGACAAUUUGAUAGCAGCCUCCUUGCAGAGCAGUUUAUUCCCAGUUGUCAGACUAAGAAGGAUAGAAGACAUCCACACUUAUCAUCAACAAGGGCAUAAGACAGAUCAAAAGGCUUUGCAUGCGGGACAAGAGUGCCGAAAAACCUUGAAAAAGAAAUCGGACUCUAAGAAGCAUAAGUCAGGUCAUUCAAGAUCAAAGCCAUUUGGCUGUUCUGAAUGUGCCAAACGAUUCUCUUUCAGUAGCAGUCUCCAGAGGCAUAUAAGAAUCCACACUGGAGAAAGGCCAUAUUGCUGUUCUGAAUGUGGCAAAAGAUUCACCGCCAUUAGCAUUCUUCAGAACCACACAAGAAUUCACACAGGAGAGAAGCCAUACUGCUGUUCUGAAUGUGGCAAACAGUUCUCCACCAGCAGUAGCCUCCGACAGCACACACCAAUUCAUACUGGAGAGAAGCCAUAUCGCUGUUCUGAAUGUGGUAAGAAAUUCUCCACCAGCAGUAGUCUUCGACAGCACACAAGAAUACACACUGGGGAGAGACCAUAUUGCUGUUCUGAAUGUGGCAAAAGAUUCACUAACAGUAGUGCUCUUCAGAGCCAUUCAAGAAUUCAUACAGGGGAAAAGCCAUAUUGCUGCUCAGAAUGUGGCAAGCGAUUCUCCAAAUUCAGUAGUCUUCGGCAGCACACACAAAUUCAUACUGGAGAGAAGCCAUAUUGCUGUUCUGAAUGUGGCAAACGAUUUCUCCAUAACUGCAGUUUUCAAAGGCAUAUGAGAAUCCACACAGGAGAAAAGCCAUAUGGCUGUGCUGAAUGUGGGAAAAGAUUCAUUGAUAACAGUGGUCUGCAGCAGCACAGAAGUAUUCAUACUGGAGAAAAGCCAUAUGUCUGUCCUGAAUGUGGCAAAAGAUUUAACCUUAACACCAAACUUCAGAGCCACUUAAGAAUCCACACAGGAGAGAAGCCGUAUUGCUGCUCUAAAUGUGAUAAACGAUUCACCCAUAGCAAUAGCCUUCAGAAUCACAUGAAAAAUCACAGUGUUCAGAAGUCGUGAUGGUGGCAGAUGUACCUAUAUUAGCAGUCAUUUUAACCAUUCUAAAAUUCGCAAUAGGAGAUUUGCUCUUUUAAAUGUGGGAAAGGAUUUUCACUUUUACGUAAUUUUUAUUGACACUUAAGAAUCCAGGGUGGUACGGUGGCGCAGUGGUAGCACUGCUGCCUUGCAGUAAAGAGGUUGUGGGUUUCGGUGCCCGGGUCCUCUCUGUGUGGAGAGUGCUCUAUAAAUGUAAAGAAUUACAGGUAAAAUUCUGUUACAACGAAUAUCUUUACAACAAAAUUUUCAUUACAACAAAGUAUUUUUAUGGUCCUGACAGCUUCCCCAUAUGACACGAGUCUAAAGAAAUCUUGUUACUACGAAGUACAUUCAGCAGAUACUUUCAUUACAACAAAGUGCACAAAAGACCUUGAAAUGCCUGAAUGAAUCAUUCACGGAGCAGUUAGUUCUGUGGCCGCAGCUCAGUUGUGCACAACGAUCCCCAAACAGAAACACUGUCAUUUUGUUUUCUUUCUUUGAACUUUCCUCGUACUGGUUUUUUUUUUUGCCUUUUUUGUUUCCUGCAGUUUUCGGUGAUACCUUUUGCUUAUUGCUCGUCAACAUUUGAAAAACACCCAUUGGAAUUAAAAUCAUUGUCACCCUCCUAUAGAAACGGCAGACACGGAAAAACGAUUACAGUUCAUAUUAGAAAAAAAAAAACUAACUUUUUGCAGCUCUCUUCUUCUUUCGGCUGCUCCCGUUAGGGGUCGCCACAGCAGAUCAUCUUCUUCCAUAUCUUUCUGUCCUCUGCAUCUUGCUCUGUCAUUCCCAUCACCUGCAUGUCCUCUCUCACCACAUCCAUAAACCUUCUCUAAGGCCUUCCUCUGUUCCUCUUCCCUUGCAGCUCUAUCCUUAGCACCCUUCUCCCAGUAUGCCCAGCAUCUCUCCUCUGCACACGUCCAAACCAACACAAUCUCGCCUCUCUGACUUUGUCUCCCAACCUGAGCUGACCCACUAAUGUCCUCAUUUCUAAUCCUGUCCAUCCUCGUCACACCCAAUGCAAAUCUUAACAUCUUUAACUCUGCCACCUCCAGCUCUGUCUCCUGCUUUCUGGUCAGUUCACCAUCUCCAGCCCAUGUAACAUAGCUGGUCUCACUACCGUCCUGUAGACCUUCCCUAUCACUCUUGCUGAUACCCGUCUGUCACCAAUCACUCCACCCUGCCUGCACUCUCUUCUUCACUUCUCUUCCACAAUCUGUACUGUUGAUCCCAAGUUUUUAAAUUCCUCUACCUUCGCCAACUUUACUCUUUUCAUCCUCACCAUUCCACUGACCUCCCUCUCAUUCACACACAUGUAUUCUGUCUUGGUGGUCCUACUGACCUUCAUUCCUCUCCUCUCUAGAGCAUAUCUCCACCGCUCCAGGGUCUCCUCAACCUGCUCCCUACUCUCACUACAGAUCACAAUGUCAUCAGUAAACAUCACAGUCCACAGGGACUCCUGUCUGAUCUCGUCUGUCAACCUGUCCAUCACCAUUGCAAAUAAGAAAGGGCUAAGAGCCGAUCCCUGAUGUAGUCCCACCUCCGUCACUCCUACCGCAGACCUCACCACGGUCACACUUCCCUCGUACAUAUCCUGUACAACUCUUACGUACUUCUCUGCCACUCCCAACUUCCUCAUACAGUAUCACAACUCCUCUCUAGUCACCCUGUCAUUUGCUUUCUACAGGUCCACAAAAAUGCAAUGCAACUCCUUCUGGCCUUCUCUAAACUUCUCCAUCAACAUCCUCAGAGCAAACAUUACAUCUGUGGUGCUCUUUCCUGGCAUGAAACCAUCCUGCUGCUCACUAAUCAUCACCUCACUUCUUAACUGAGCUUCCACUACUCUUUCCCAUAACUUCAUGCUGUGGCUCAUCAAUUUUAUCCCCCUCUAGUCACUACAGUCCUGCACAUCCUCCUUAUUCUUAAAUAUCGGCACCAGUACACUUCUUCUCCACUCCUCUGUCAUCCUCUCACUUUCCAAGAUUCCAUUAAACAAUCUGGUUAAAAACUCCACUGCCAUCUCUCCUAAACGCCUCCAUGCUUCCACAGGUAUGUUAUCUGGACCAAUGGCUUUUCCAUUUUCCAUCCUCUUCCUCGCUGUCCUUACGUCCUCCUUGUUAAUCCGUUGCACUUCCUGAUUCACCAUCUCCACAUCAUCCAGCCUCUUCUGUCUCUCGUUCUCUUCAUUCAUCAGCCUCUCAAAGUUCUCUUUCCUUGUGAGUGUGUUUCCAUCUUUAUCCUUUAUCACCCUAAACUGCUGCACAUCUUUCCCAUCUUGGCCCCUCUGUUCAGCCCACCAGUCCUUUUCUCCCUCCUUAGUGUCCAACCUCUCAUACAACUCAUCAUACGCAUUUUCUUUAGCCUUCGCCACCUCCCUCUUCACCUUGCGCCUUAUCUCCUUGUAUUCUUCUCUACUUUCUGCAUCUCUCUGACUAUCCCACUUCUUCUUCACCAUCCUCUUCCUCUGUAUACUCUCCUGUAUUCCACCACCAGGUUUCCUUUUCCUCCUUCCUCUGUCCAGAUGUCACGCCAAGCACCCUUCUUGCUUGUCACCUUUACUACAUCUGCUGUUGUUUCCCAACUGUCUGGUAACUCUUCACUGCCAUCCAGUGCCUGUCUUACCUCUCCCCUAAACUCAAUCUUGCAGUCUUCCUUUUUCAACUUCCACCAUUUGAUCCUUGGCUCUGUCUUCUCUCUCCUCCUCCUCCUCUUGAUCUCCAGCGUCAUCCUACAGACCACCACCCUAUACUGCUUAACUACACUUUCCCCAGCCACCACAUUGCAGUCUUCAGAGCAACUCUUGCAAUUGCGGCUAAAAAGAAAAAAGACGUUGCCAGUUAAUUCGAAAUUUCACCAUCGACGCUGUCAACUUUCUUGGAAGACAGAGCAAAAAUAGUAGAAAAAUCUCAGGCUGCAAACAUAUGCGAACUGCUGCACUUGAAGACAUCGAAAAAGCCGUUUUGAUGUGGUUCAGUGAUGCUCGUUCAAGAAACAUUCCUAUUAAUGCAGCACUCAUUCAAGAAAAUGUGAGGUUUGUAAACUCUCUUGGGACCUCCCACAACUGGACGACACACCAAAGAGCGUCCCAAAGUGCAAUCUAUGUUUCUGUACGGGGUAACAGCAGGCUCACAGCUGUGCUGCGUCUCUCCGCCAAAGUAAACAGAAAAGAUCUCGAUGGGUGAUGCAAGGUUAGAGGAGCAGGUACAUUGGAAAUGCAGAUAACAGGAUUACUUGGUCACUGACCUGGCUACGAUCCUGCCUGACUGCUGUGUCUGUGUAUAGCAGAGUGACUGACUGACUGACUGACUGACUGACUGACUGACUGACUGACUGACUGACUGACUGACUGACUGACUGACUGACUGACAGACAGACAGACAGACACUUUAUUAAUCCCAAUGGGAAAUUCACAAAAAUUCACACGCUACAAUAAAUAAGUGUGCCGUUCCUGUUUCAAGCUGAAUAAAGCUGGUGUUGCUAAAGUACUGAGACUAAGCAUCGUGUUUUGGGGUGCAAGACAGGGGCUUAUAGCGCAACCCCAAUCUUUUAGGAUUUGCUUCUGUGGCGCUUCGCUGCACCGCUGUGAGCCUGCUGUUGCCCUGGCAACGGACAAACAAUCUUCCACUGACGCGGCGCUCGCGCUUCAGGACGCACUUCAGCGUGUCGUUCCCGUGGGGUGGGAUCCCAAAACUGUUCAGAAACCUCACCAUAUGAAGAAGAAGAAAAGGAUGAUUCAGCUUCUGAUUGAUAACUGCCCACAACACGCUUCCACAUUUAGAUAAUGUUCACGUUGAAUUCCUCCCACCGAAUUGCACAGCAGUGUUUCAGCCAUUGGAUUUGGGCUGUCAUUCGCACCCGGAAAGUGUAUUAUGGCAAGGAAAUGCUGAGAAAAAUUCUCGCCAGCAUAACGUGUAGGCAGGAGGAGAUUAAAAUUAACAUGAAAGUAGCUGUUGAAGUGAUUGCAAACGCCUGGACGCAAGUUAAAGAAAGCACUAUAGCAACAAAUACAGAAUCUCAUUACAACGAAAUAUUUUUUAGGUCCCUGGGAGUUUGUUGUAACAGAAUUUUACCUGUCUAAUUAUUAUUAAGGAACCAGGGUAUCCUUCAAUAAGGGCGCGCACAAAAGGGCGACCUCAAUUGGACGCGGCAAAUAAAGGCGCGCUUCAAAAGGGCGACCUCAAUUGAGCACGGCGAAUAAAGGCGUUCAUAGAUAAUUUAGAUAAUAAUAAAAUAUCUACAUGGCAUUGCACAUAAUCUACAGCUUCAAGUGUAACACAACAAUGAGUAAGAGCAGAAAACAAUGAAAUAUAGAGAGCUUUAGAAAUAGUUCGUUAGAAGUUCAUGCAUUAAUUAAUUGGAUGUUUUAAUAUUCUUGCUUUCGCCUUUUUAUACGUUCAAUCGUUGCCUUUAUCUAAUAAAUUUUCUGUAAUAAUUUUGUUGUGUUUGCCUUUAUUCGCUGCGCCCAAUUGAUGUCGCCCUUUUGAAGCUUGCCUUUUUGUGCGCGCCCUUAUUGAAUAGAACCAGGGACCAGUGGGCCAUGUAGGAAUUUAUGCUUUUAUUAUUGUAGUCUAAUGAUAAUGAUUAUAGAGGAUACACUUAUGGAAAGAAUAUUAAGGAAGCUAAUGCGUAGAUUAUUUUUAUUUAUACUUGAACUUGUGAUGGUUUUUACCACACAGAAUAGGAACUCUUAGCGGACGGGUGGCAGAUUAGCAAUAAACGAAACUUUGUACAGCAAAGGGGGCAGUAUAGGAAAAAUAUAUUUAAAAAUAAAAUCAAAUUGUCAGGUCCUGAUGGUCAUCUUCAGCUCAAAAAAGCGAGGCCCUCAUACCAUCUGACUACCUGAGGGUCUGUCAGAACGACGUCGGAUACGGGAGAGUUGUGGAUGUGAACCUUCAACCUGACACACUUUUAAAAAGUCAGCCGCUUCAAGCAGCAAGAAGGAGAAGCCACCACACCGUGAGGAGAGAUGUCUGAGACUCGAGUGUUGAAUGGCGACACAACCAAACACUGUCUGUGAACAUAUCCAGGUUGUACGGUGACUUGUCUCCUCCAUUCGCUUUUUUUGCUUCUGCUUUUGGCACAAUAGGAAUGUUAAAAGGCUAUCAUGGCUGAAUAAACGUUUACUGCUUCUCU